AUGAAGGAAGACAAAGUCACCGUCGACGUCGAGUACCACAGCACCCACUCUGUGGAGCCGGUUCUGGGUGAGCCGUCUAUUGCAGCCAGGCUAUUCUAUGCCCAGAGAUCUCUCGAGAAACAGUACCAGGAAGUGCGGCAGGACUCCUCGCUUGGCUGGUGGCACGACUGGGUGCACAGCACGCUCUACAUCAAGACGCUGGAGCCCAAGACCGACUCGUACCAGACCUGGAAGAACGAGAAGCUGGCGAUCCGAUCGUCGCACUGGCUGGCCUGUGCCGGUCUGCUCACCUCGGAAAUCAUGGGCGCCACGCUCAUCCCCAACUCGUACUCGCUGGUUGGGUAUGUUCCCGGCAACCUGAUUCUGGUGGUGUGUUUCUUCCUGACUCUGAUGGCUGGUGGAAUUUGCUGGUGGCUGUUUCUUCUCUUCGACUCGCCAGAGUACCCUGUGAAGUCGUUUUCCGAGAUUGCCCGGAUCCUGGGCGGCGAGACGUGGGCGCAGAUCGUCAUCUUUCUCCAGGUGAUUGCCAUGCUGCUCACGGCAGCCAACAUAGCUAUCAGCUCGCUUGAGUCGAUGGUCAUUCUGCAGGAUGCAAGGUACUGCUGGACAGGCCUGCUGAUCGCUCUGUGCGCGGCCCUGGGGGUGAUCUCAAGCCUGAAGACGUUCAGCAACGUCGGCAAGUUCUGCCUCGUCGUGUCGGCAAUCAACUACGUGAACCUGUUCGUGCAGAUGGGCUACUUUGGAGAGCCGAACUGGGCCAACGCGAAAAACCUGCUCGGGCUCGACAAGGACACCAUCGUGACGUACGUGGUGGCCCCGCAGCUGCUCGUCAACAAGCUCGUGGCGGUGUCCAACAUCUCGUACGUCUUCGCCGGCUCUGUGGUGUUCCCGGAGAUCAUCUCAGAGAUGAAAAGACCGUGGGAUUUCUGGAAGUCCAUGAUCGCCGCCCAGACCGCCAUCGUGUGCAUCUACCUCGUCUACGGCAACUACGUGUACGCAAAACAGGGCCAGUUCUCCAACUCGCCGUCCGUCUUCGGCCUCUCCGACAUGACGGCCCUCAAGGGCCUCUCGGUGGUCACCUUCGUCGUGGGCGUGUUCCAGGCCGUGUUCUACGGUCACGUGAACACAAAGAUCAUCUACAAGAACUACCUGCCGCAGAUCUUCCACGAUCUCGAUGUGCGCACCAGGAAGGGCCAGCUGCUGUGGUACGCGGCCACGGCCGUCGUCUGGGUGAUCAUCUACAUCGUGGCGACCGGGGUUCCGAACGUGGCCUCCAUCUCGGCGUUCACGUCUGCCCUGACGAUGAUCCCGCUGACCUACGUGAUCCCGUUCUGGUUCUACAUCUGGGCGGCGUUCAUGAAGACCAACGCCGAGCUCAUCGAGGACUACAACGAGGCCACCAUGGAGGCCACCGGCUACCAGCGGCCGUUCGCGGCGUUUGUCAAGAACGGGUUCCGGCAGCACGGCUUCAUCACGGUCUUCUACGUUUGUCUGACCCUCGCGUCGCUCUCGUUUGCCUGUCUGGGGCUCUACGGCUCGGUGGAGUACAUGAAGGCCAUUUUCGCCACCACUCCGGCCACCUCUUUUUCGUGCACCUCGCCAAUAUAG